AUGACCAACCACAGUCUUAUGUUCUCAAACUCUCCAUCGAUGGUUAUCCCAGACUCCAAGGAGCUGAACAUCAAUAAUAAUAUAGGAUUAAGCGAAGAUGCCUAUAUCCAACAUCUUAUUGCGGCUGUGGAAAAGAGACCGGUGCUUUAUAAUGUUCAUCUACUCGAUUACAAAAACAAAAAUAAGAAGGGAGAAGCGUUCAAGGAGGUUCAAAAUGUGAUGAGAGCUGCUGGGUGCAGCGAAAAUCAAGGUAAAAACAUAAAAAAAUAACGCCGGGUUAAUAGUAAUUGCAAAAAAUAAUCUUGGGCAUAUAAUUUCAGUUCAAGGGACCUACAAGAAAUGGAUAUCGCUAAAAAGAAAAUUCCGGGUCGAAUACUUCAAACCAAAGAGCGAAGACACCCGGGAAGCAUCUUGUUCAUUCCCCUAUUUCGAAUCCCUCAAAUUCUUAAUCCCUUACUGCGAAGUCUACAAAAUGUAAGUGAAUGAAGUUUUAAAACACCUAGUAAUGACAGGUGUAAAACGGCAAACAAGAGAAAAGCUGAAGAAUAUACAGGCAUGAACAUCGAAGAGGACGAAAGCGAUGACGACCGGUAUCCACCACAAGAUGAUGAACCGUACAGGUAAAUUUACAAACAAACAAUAUUUGAGUCAGCCUCCUUUUACUAAAAUUUGGUUCUUUUGCAGUGCACCAAGCGCUCUGGACAUGCUGAUAAAUCAGAAACGAAUGAAGUUUGACACGUCGUCCUUCAUGUUCAAGAACAAUUUCCUGGAUCAACCAGAAUCUCCUCCUCGAUCUCCUUCCAACCAAACCGGGUCCAGGGCAUCUCCUCAACUCAAGAAGUCUAAUAUCUCGGCUUCGAACACUUCGACAUCCAGCUCCAGUUCUAAGGAUGUCCUCAAUUCCCUUUUUCCAUCGCCUCAGGAAGAUCUCAAUUCGGCGAUGGCGGCAGCUGCCGCUGCCUAUCUCCAGCAACCACCGGACGAUUCCCCCAAUGCCCUGUUCGGUCGUCUUGUGGCCAAUGAAUUGGACAAACUGCCUCCACCGAUGCAUAACAUCAUCCGAGCCCAGGUUCUUCUUCUCUUGGCCCAAUGUUCCCAGCAGAAUCCAAACAACCUCCAGAAUGCCUCCGACAGACUCUUCUCCUGUUUGACUCCAUAA